UCGGAGGAGAAGAUGAACCUGUGUGUCGUCAGUCUGCUCCUCACUCUGGAUCUAGCCGCCGUGGCGCUCAGUCUGUCCACGUGCAGCACGCUGGACAUGGACCAGUUCAAGAAGAAGCGCAUCGAGGCCAUCCGAGGGCAGAUCCUGAGCAAGCUGAAGCUCACCAGCCCCCCAGAGGACUACCCCGAGCCCGAGGAGGUGUCUCGGGACAUCGUGGCUAUUUACAACAGCACACGCGACCUGCUGCAGGAGAAGGCCAACGAGCGCGCGGCGACGUGCGAGCGGCAGCGGAGCGAGGAGGAGUACUACGCAAAGGAGGUGCACAAGGUCGACAUGCAGCCCUUCUACCCGGCAGAGAAUGUCAUUUCUUCUACACACUUCAACCCAUACUUUAGGCGGCUGACGUUUGAUGUGUCUUUCAUGGAAAAGAACGCCUCCAACCUGGUAAAGGCUGAGCUUCGGAUCUUCCGUCUUCAAAACCAUGGGGCCCGAGUGUCUGAGCAGCGCAUCGAACUCUAUCAGAUUUUAGGACACAAAGACCUGACAUCCCCAACACAACGAUAUAUAGACAGCAAGGUGGUACGAACACAAACAGAGGGAGAGUGGCUGUCCUUUGACGUGACAGAAGCAGUGAAUGAAUGGUUAAACCACAGAGACAGAAACAGCGGAUUCAAGAUCAGCCUGCAUUGCCCGUGCUGCACGUUUGUACCAUCAAAUAACUACAUUAUUCCCAACAAGAGUGAGGAGCUGGAGGCACGGUUUGCAGGUAUUGAUGAUAGCUUUGUCCAUGGAGUUGACCUGAAGGUGUUUAAGAAGCGGCGGCACAGCACUCGGGCUCCACACCUUCUCCUCAUGCUGCUUCCUUCAUACCGGCUUGAGUCCCAGUCCCAGUCACAGUCACAAUCACAGUCACAGUCACAGUCACAGCACAUGAGCCGUCGAUCCAAGAGAGCGCUGGACGCCGCCUACUGCUCCAGAAACGUUCAGGACAACUGCUGCUUACGGUCACUCUACAUCGAUUUUAAGAAGGACCUGGGCUGGAGGUGGAUCCACGAGCCAAAGGGCUAUGAGGCUAACUUCUGUGCCGGAGCCUGUCCCUAUCUGUGGAGCGCAGACACCCAGCAUUCCAAGGUGUUAGGCCUGUACAACACUAUCAACCCUGAAGCAUCGGCAUCGCCCUGCUGCGUCUCACAGGACUUGGAGCCCCUCACCAUCCUCUACUACAUCGGCAAGACCCCCAAAAUAGAGCAGCUCUCCAACAUGAAGGUCAAAUCCUGCAAGUGCAGCUAGACUCCCUUACAAGCCAGCACAAACACACUCUCCCUCUCUUACUCCUUCAAACACACACACACACACACACACACACACACACACACACACACACACACACACACACAGUCAUAGUGGAUUUGCGCAUACAUACAGUCAAACCACAACUGUACUUUGUCUUACAUGCACUGGUAUACUUAGAGCAGUGUAUGUACAGAGCAAUUCAAUGCAUACACAACAUACAGGGACAGUGUUUUCAUACCAGGAACUUGACUUUGAUACCAAUGCUGAGUACGAUACUUACAGUGUUGCAUUGCAGAUGUGUGUAAUGUCUGGAUUGCCAAGCAUCAGGAGCUUUCUAAUGUCAACAUGCAGCUUUUUAUAACCAUUAAACCUUCUUCUGGAGGAGGGCCUGCCCUGUGUUAAUUACUUCAUAUUGUUCUAAUGUGGCCAUGCAAACCAAACUAAAGGCAGCAAAACUUCCACACAGUGCAGCUGAAAACCAUGAAAUUAUGCAGUAGAGGGUUUAAGGUGUUCACUACUGUCUCUAAGUGGAAAAGUUUCAUGUUCGGCUGCUGGAAACAGUUGAUAAACCAGAUUAAAUGGAAGGGGAUCUUGUUCAUGAGAAACUGGUUGAUGCCGAGCAGCCACCGUGUGAUGAAUCCUGUGAAGUGCCUUAACACGCUGUAGCACUAUUGGACACUAGAUAAUAGUUUAAGAAUCUGACUUUAUUGAAACAGUACUAGCUUAGUAAUCACGGACUUGUCCAUAACACCAUAGUUAAAAAUAUGUUUACGGUCAUUAAGAAACAGUUAUGUCGAAAUAGUGUGUAUUUGCUAAGUACUUAUAUUAAAUUAAAGUUCUAAACUCUUUAAGAUUUCAGUGCCAGUUGCUUUGGAGACACCCCUGGUUAUUGUUUGAGCUGCCUGUCUAUUCCAGUACACACUUCUGCAAAUUGAAUGUGUUCUGCUACUCAAAAAGAAAAAUAAUAUUAAGCAGUGGUAUCAAAGUCAUGCAAAUUUGAUUAUUGUGAUCACACACACACACACAUAAAUACAUACAUGCAUACACACAGACACACACAUAUACACACAUACAUUGAUACAUGUACAGUGACAGAUAUGACCCAUUUUGCAUUCUAAAAGGCCCUGUCAACAUUCACCACCUCACAUGACUGUCACACCGAGACACAAACGUAAGGCAAACACUGGAAGUAUAAGAGCAUUGUCUAUA